CCCAUUCAAAACCCUAGUCUGGAUCACAAAACCCUUAUAAAUGCACUCAAAACCUUCAUUUAAUCCGCCUCUUUCACUGUCCCGAUACUCUCGACGUCUUCUCUAAAACCCUAGCCUUCUCCCUUUCUCUCUGUCAUCCUCUAUGGAAUUCUGGGGUGUUGAAGUCAAGGCUGGAGAGCCUCUCAAAGUAAAACCCGAAUCUGAUAGUAUAUUACAUCUUUCUCAGGCGGCUCUAGGUGAGUCAAAGAAAGAAAAAGGAAAUGAAUCAGUUCCCCUAUUUGUGAAGGUUGAUGACAAGAAGCUUGUACUGGGUACUCUUUCUACCGAAAACAUACCUCAGAUUUCGCUUGAUUUGGUCUUCGAGAAAGAGGUGGAACUAUCUCACAACUGGAAGAAUGGCAGCGUUUACUUCUGUGGUUAUCAAACCCUUAUGCCAGAUGAAGAAGAUAUGUAUUCUGAUGAGGACUCAGAAGAGGACAAGCCACUUCCAUUGGUGAAUGCAGACAAUGGAAAGCCACAUGUUGAGCCUGUAAAGGCUAUUGCUGGCAAGCCUAAGCCUGAUUCUCCCGCAAAACAAAAGCCUAAGCCUGCAGAGCCAAGCAAAGGACAGAAAGCAGAGGAUGAAUCUGAUGAAGAUGAAUCAGAUGAUGAUGAUUCAGACGAUGAAGAUGACGAAUCUGAUAGUGAGGAUGGCUCUGAAGAGGUAUCUGCUUUAUAUACUUUUGUGGCAACCAAACGAAUGACAAUAUAUAUAUUUCAAUGGAGCCAAAAGUUUUUUUUUAUUUUUUAUUUUUAUAUCCUCUUGAAUAUUAACUGUAUUUCUUUCUGUGGAUCAGACGGUAAGAAGGGCGGCCAUACUGCAACUCCCCAUCCAGCUAAGGGUGCUGCAAAAACUGCUGCAGUCGGCAGCAAUGCGAAGUCACCGAAAUCUGGAGGUCAAUUUUCUUGCAAAUCUUGCGACAGGUCAUUUGGCUCGGAUGGUGCUCUGCAGUCUCACUCUAAGGCCAAACAUGGUGGGAAGUAAAUGGAAUUAAAUUUUUGUUGAGAGAUAUCGGGAGGAUCGAAGUUAGAAGAUUUUGUUAGGCAUGCCAUAGGAAAUGAGAGAUUUAUGAUAGCGGUGACUGGAUUCGAUGAUUUGUAUUUUCUGUUAACGUUAUAAACUGGGUGGAUAUAUCACAUUUUGAAAGCUGUUUCAUUUAUGCUUUGGUGAGAUCGUUAUAUGAUGUGAUGUUAAUUAGCGGUUUACUCGUCAGAUUAGCAUUCUCCCUUGUUCCAUGAAUUGCUUUUUUGGGCGUAUUUAUUGUAAUGCUGUGUAAUUCUGUUGGUGUUUGUUGAAA